AUGGAGCUGAGCGAGUAUGAGGCCAAGCGCCAGCGCCGCGUACAGGAGAACCUGCAGAAGCUGCAGGCGCUGGGCGUCCCCAAGAUCCCGCAACGGCCUCGCCCCGUUGCCCGCAAGAAGCGAGAAGCGCAGCAGCUGCAGCCCGUGCGUAGGUCGCUGCGUCAGCGUCGGCAGCGGGAAAAUGACACAACAGCGGAAGAGGCCGAGCCCGAAGAGCUGCAGGCGCUGGACUCGCUGCCCCCACGACCAAAACGAGUCAAGCCCGAGCCCCCAGAACCUCUGGACUUGCCUGUCACCCACCCAGCGGAGCUGUAUAACCCCCACAGGGGCAAGAACCAGCACGUGUCCAGCUCCCAGAUCCAGAUUCAGCUGGAGCAGUUCCACUCGGAAUGGCUGGGCACGCAGUUGCUGCCCGUGGGUAAGCAGACGGUCAUGCAGGGCAUGUGUCCGCCCGGGUUUGUCGCCAAGUUCUCCAAGAUGAGCGGCGUGCAGCCGUGGAGCAACGCCGUCGUGCUGUUCGUGAACGUGGAGAGCGAGUCGCCGUACGACAAUGUGUUCCAACAGGAGGAGGCGGACGGACGCAGUGCUGUGCACUUCCAGUGGUUUGGGCAGAACCGAUGGCACGACGAGUCGCCGUUGGUGAUGAGGCUGAGGAGGAUGAAGAGAGGCGACGAGAGUCUGAGGUUCGACGAGUCGGCCCUUAUAUCUACUGCGGGCGGCUUGGUUACCUCGGCCAUCGGCCGGCAUCCAAACCUUUGGAGUUUCGGUGGCAAUUGCUGGAUGUGGACUUGUUACAGAGGGAAAAAGUGCGUGACCUGUUGGCAACCUCUGAUCCGUCUAAACACUUAA